AUGGCGGAUGCUCUUGUUUCUAUCGUGCUGGAGCGAUUGGCUUCAGUCUUGGAACAACAGAUUCGUCAACAAGUUACACUGGUGGUGGGUGUCAAAAGCGAGGUGGACAACCUAAAAAGCACACUCCAGAGCAUCAGAGCUGUUCUUGGAGAUGCAGAGAAGAGACAGUUCACAGAAGAACUUGUAAAAGUUUGGUUAGAAAGGCUCAAGGACAUCUCCUACCAGAUGGAUGACGUGGUGGAUGGGUGGAACACUGCUCUUCUCAAAUUACAGAUUGCAGCUGAAAACCCUGGCAUCCCUAAGCCCAAGAUAAAUGCCAUUGCAAAUGAGAGAAAUCAGUUCAAUUUUGUGUCAAGUAGUACCAUCCAGCAACCACAUAGACGUAUAACCAGUUCUGUAAUUGAUGUUAGCCAGUUCUGUGGUCGGGAUGCAGAUAUAAACAUUAUAAUAGGCAAGCUGUUGGGUGGGAGUUGCCAAGAAAGCUCCUCCCUCUACAUCAUCUCCAUAGUUGGGAUGGGAGGGAUCGGCAAAACAACUCUUGCUCAAUUAGCAUACAACCACGAAAAGGUGAAGUCCUAUUUCCAUGAAAGGAUGUGGGUCUGUGUGUCUGAUCCUUUUGACCCAAUGAGGAUUUCUAGGGCUAUUCUUGAAGCCCUCCAGAAAGAGUCUUCUGGUUUCCAUGAUCUGGAAGCUGUACAACAAAAAAUUUGCACACUUAUUGCCGAUAAGAAGUUCCUACUCGUGCUAGAUGAUGUUUGGACUGAAAACUAUGAAUUGUGGGAACAAGUAGAGAGUUCUCUCAAGGGUGGGGCACCGGGAAGUAGAAUUUUGGUGACCACACGAAACGAAAACGUUUCUACAAUGAUGGGAACCACGUACAAGCACCCCUUGGGAGAAUUGUCCAAGGAGCAAUGUCGGUCAUUGUUCAGUAACAUAGCCUUUUACGGAAGGAGUAGAGAAAAAGUUGAAGAACUAGAAAACAUUGGCAGGAAAAUAGCAGACAAGUGUAGGGGCUUGCCUCUUGCUGCAAAAGUUUUAGGGAGUCUCAUGCGCUUAAAAGAUAAUAAAGAAGAUUGGGAGAGUAUUUUGAAUAAUGAAAUAUGGCAACUUGAUGUGAUUGAGAAACAUCUUUCCACUCCUUUAUUGUUGAGUUAUUAUGAUUUAUCCUCUGCUGUUAAACGUUGCUUCUCAUAUUGUGCUGUCUUCCCAAAAGAUCAAAUCAUUAGGAAAGAUAGAUUGAUCAAGUUGUGGAUGGCAAAUAGCUAUCUCAAUUCUAGAGAAAGUAUAGAGAUGGAGAAAACAGGGGGAGACUACUUUGAAGACUUGGUGUCACGGUCACUUUUCCAAGAUUUUCGUAGAGAUGAUGAGGGCAACAUAAUAUCGUGCAAGAUGCAUGACAUAGUGCAUGAUCUUGCCCAAUAUUUGACCAAGAAUGAAUGCUUCAUUCUGGAGAUUGAUGAUGAAAAGGAAGUGAGGAUGGCUUCCUCCUUCCAAAAGGCUCGUCAUGCAACCUUAAUUAGCGCAGGAAGGGUUGGAUUUCCUAGCACUAUCCAUAAUUUGAAAUAUCUGCACACAUUGUUUGCUGCACAUCUGGUCAUUCCUUCACUCCUCAACCCCCACCUAAUUUAUUCAAACAUUUGCCUCCUUGAAAAACUACCUCAGGGGAUGCGAAAACUAAUUAACCUGAGACAUCUUGAAUUGUACGGCAGUGAAGUAUCGGAGUUGCCAAAAGGAAUCGGGAGAUUGACCUCACUUCGGACAUUAACUAGGUUUCCUAUAAUUGGAGAUCAUUUUAGACGUGAUGUAUGCAAAAUAGGAGAACUGAAAAACUUAAACAGCCUCAGGGGAGGUCUUGUGAUAAGUGGGAUAGCUAAUGUGAAAGAUGCAGAGGAGGCUGGCGAAGCAGAAUUGAAGAAUAAGAAACACCUCCAUCAUUUGGAACUAAGGGAUUUUGGGCGGCUUGCCUCAGCUGCUUCAAAAGGUGUGGCUGAAGCUCUACAGCCUCAUCAAAACUUGAAGUCUUUAAAAAUAAGUGAUUACGAUGCUGCCACCGAGUUCCCCAGUUGGAUAGCGGCCUCAUCGUUGCCCAAUUGA